CAUUUCCUCCAGAAAGAGGAGGAGUGGAAGGCACACGCGUGUUUUUGGUAGCGAUUCAUGCAUUUGACGAUUGCAAAGAUCUCAAUGACGAGUGAUUACAAACAGCUUUGUUAGCAGCAAAUGCAAGUCGAGUGGUGAGCUGAGGUGAAAUUCAUGAAAUGAUAUUCAUGAAGCACCAUUAUUACAAAGUCUUUGAAGAAAACAGACAGAGAAGAAAGAAAGGUUUCUAAUCAAUGGCCUCAGGCUUGUGUCUUUGAGAACGCCCAAAAAGAAGCAAUCCAAAAUGAGCAUCCCAACAAGUUUAACGGGACUUGAGGUUAAUGUUGACAGAGCGGCGGACAAAAUCACAAAUAAAGCUCAGAUCCAUUUCACACACACUGGGGACGACAACGCCAAUCAACUGUCUUCUUUAAGUGAUGAAGGAGGACUGUUACAGGACACAGAGUACAACAUGACCUCCCUCCCACCUUUGGUAUCUCAAAGUGAGUCCCAUGACAAGAUGAUGAUCUGGGGUUCCGAGCAGCAAUGCUCAGAGCCUGGGCUCAGAGAGAUAGAGCUUGUGGAGUGUCAGGACAUAAAUACGUUCUUGAGAAGUCCAGGUGAGGAGGACGAUGACGAGGAUGAUGGGGGGAGCACGAGAGACGGCAAAGACGAGGGUCCUAUGUCAAUAUCGUCCAGUUCAACUGCCAGCUCUGCUUCCACUGGGGUAAGGCGGAACGACAACGACAGCAACAAGGUGGAGAGUAGAAUACAGACGGACACAGCGGUGAGGGGAAACAUUACCUAUCAUAGUACAGAAGAGCUGGACACUUGUGUGACGGGUUUAUCCAAGGAAAGAAACACAAAGACAGGCAGAGGAGGGCUCAAGCAGUCCAAGUCUGAGACAAAUGUGUUUGUGUCGAAUCUGUCCACCAUUAACCUCAGUGGAAGUCUGUCCAGCGCACUGGAUUGUAGUAGAGACACUUUAAUUUGCCUGCCCAACUCUAAGACCAACCCUUAUUUGAAUACCAACAACACUACCUCAGCUCAGAGUUUGAGAAGGGAAGCUCCUGUAGACCACAAUACUCCACUGUUGCAUCAUCAGGAAAGACAGGAGGAAGAGAGAAUCCAGUUCAGAAAUGGAUCAACUUCAGAAGGAGGUCUGGGCCAAAGGAGGAGGACUGGCUUUGAGGAAAGGGUGCUACCACCGAGGCGGCAACAGCUUGUCAGACCUCUCUGUCAAACAGAGAUGGUAAGAGCCCAAAGCUUAGAGUCCGGUGCUCAGGGUGCUGAAAUUGGGCGAUCACACGCCCACAAUGCCACCACAGUCUCUCCCGGUGACACUCAGAACGGGUCAAACAGAAAGCUUGCAAGAUCGUCUUUGCGUGAACCAUCAGAUUUCUCACAUCUGUACAAUACAUGUGGAGUCUUCCAACCCAGGCAGCCCAACCAGGCAAUGCAGAAGGAGGUUUCACUGGUGGAGAGGCAGCCAGGCCCAGCUGCACAGUUUACUUCAAAUCCCUCCAAGCCAUCCAACAUGGAGAAGCGACCCCAGACUCAGUUCACCUACAGACGUAACUGUUCUAGUCCCAAAAGGACAUUCACGCCUCCCCACUCCCCUCUCAGGACACCCCAGGGCUCACCACAUAGGCAAGCCUCAAUGUACCUCAUCUCUAAGGAUACACGUAGAGGAGUUCAAAACAGCCCUGCUGUAAAGACAACAGCUCAGGGCAAUGAAAGUGUGAGCGUGCCAGUAAAAACCAACAUAACCCUGACUGGAAUCCCAAAAGUGACUCUUAACCAGCAAAGCAACCCCAACUCAAGCCAUAACUCAAGCCCCAAAGAGAGCUCUCCUUCACUGAAACCUAAAGGAGUUCGCCCCAAAAUCAUCACCUACGUUCGAAAAAAUCCUCAGUUCAAGCCUCAGGCUUCUGAUGGACCUUAUCAGGUAUCUUCACUACCAGCAAGGUUAUCAGCAUACCCACAUGGUGCAACACCCGGUUCCUUCAAAGACACACCUAAAUACCCUUCCAAGCUUGACAAAGAAACCAGAGGACUGCCAGUGCUCAGUGCCUCCAAUUUGCUUUAUGACAAGUACCGUAAGGAGAUUCAAACCAGCUUCUGCCCAUCAGGAUUAAUGAACAGGAGUAUCCAUGCCCCAAACACUGUCCCUCCUGCACACACCCACAGCUAUACAGCACCCCCAAAGCUGGGCCGCAAAGCAGGGGACUCCUAUGGAGCUCAGACCGAGGUCGGGAGAUCUGCCAAUUUUAAAGAGACUUCUGAAGAGGACCCACUGCAGCUCCGGACAGCUGCUCAGGCUGGAGGCAGCGGCAGUCUCUUGCGCUCCGGCCGAGGUCUGCGAUUAGGUCUGGGAGCUGUCACCAGGACGGCUUCAGGCUCAGGCAAGGGCAAAGGACCUGGUCAAAGUCAGAGGUCAGCAAUCAUCCAAGCAAUCCAACCUGUCAUCUCGGCAGCAAGCCAGAAAAGCCAAGAUACCACAGCUGAUGAUGAGGUUUUCAACCAUCAUCCUCCUGCCCCUGAAGCUCCGGCAUCAGAACAGGCGCAGGCUGUGACUUCCAGCAGGUCUCUGCUUCCCAAAGCAGCAAACCAGUCAGGCCUACGUCCGCCUGGCUUCAGCUCCACCCGUCUCCCCGUGGGCCGCCUGGCAGCUUUUGGCUUCGUCAGGAGUUCUAGCGUGUCUUCCGUCUCCUCAGUUCACUCUGCCGACAGUGUGCAAAGUGACCCAAGCAGAACGGCUCACCGUCUGAGUGUGAGUGAGGAGCCCUCUCGCAGCCCUUCGUCAACGGAUCACCAGAGAAGUGUGCCAUGUCGCAGCAACAGCCUUCAGCCGCCGUCCACCCCAGCGCUGCCCCGCCGAUACCUGCCCGCCCAGCCAAGAAGCUCUCCUGGAGUUGGCAGGAAGGAGUUUCAGAGGAGCUCGGAGGUCACACGCUCCCUCCCGUCCUCCCCAAAGAGGCUGGCGGUGGUUCCUCCCAAACCACAGUCCCCAGUCCAGUCAGGACAGCGACCAGCAGGAGGGCUGACCACAAGGUUGGCGGGCCCCCCUGGAUCCCCUCGGCGUGUGUCCCCCUUGAAGCUGCAGCAAGAGAAGGAGGACGCUCACCAGAGAGAUGAAUCAAGGAAGGCAGAGGAGAGGGAGAAAGAGGAGCAACGGCAGGAGAUGGAGAGGCUGCGUGGACGCUGUGAGGAGCAGGAGAGGCAUCUGAGAGCCCUUAGAGAAGAACUGAGGAAGACCUCUUUGGGUCUAGAAGUCUUCAUCGUCACGACUCAACAUUAUUGCCUCAAGAAUCAAACCGCAGAAGAUAAUGAAACUAAAUUGUUCUUGGAAAUACAAAUGAUAAAAAAACAACUGGUGUCCAACUCCACACACUGGGAGAGACUCAAACUGGAAAAGUCUGCGGUGGAAGCAGCAUUCCAGCGAGAGCUGCAGGAGCUGCAGGUGCAGCAGGAAGUCGAGUUGGCCGCUGUGGAGGAGAGCCUUCGGAAGUGUCACUCGGCGGAGACGGAAAGCCUGAAGGCUGAGCAUCAGUCGGAAAUGGAGGAGCUGAGGACCCAGCAGCAAGAGCAGGUGGAGGAGAUGACAGCCCACCACCAGGCAGCUAUUCAGGAGCUCCGAGACAUGCAUAACAUAACCAUGGCAACACUGCAUGAGGAGCAUGCGCGAACCAUGAGAGACUUAAGGAAAGCUCACGAGCAACAGAAGAUGCUCCUGGAGGAGGAUUUUGAGAAACUAAGGCUAUCUCUACAGGACCAAGUGGACACACUGACGUUUCAAAACCACAGUCUGCAGGACAAAGCCAAGCGCUUUGAAGAGGCUUUGAAGAAGAGUACGGACGAACAAAUAGUUGAUGCCUUAGCGCCAUACCAGCACAUUGACAAGGAUCUGAAGAGCUUAAAGGAGGUUGUGGAAAUGAAGAACCAGCAAAUACACCAGCAAGAUCUAAAGAUCUCCGACCUACAGAAAGUGCAGGCCCAAAAGAAUGUGUUUCUGGAGGAGAGGGUCCAGGUCCUGCAGCAGCAGAAUGAAGAUCUGAAGGCUCGUAUUGACAUGAACCUCGCCUUAUCUAGGCAACUGUCAGAGGAGAACGCCAACCUCCAGGAAUCUGUCGAAAAGGAGAGCACAGAGAAGAAGCGACUCAGUCGGAACAAUGAGGAGCUGCUGUGGCGUCUUCAGACCAGCCCACUUAUGUCUCCCUCGUCCUCCCCCCUGCACCGCUCCUUCUCCACGUCCCCCAUCCCAUCAUCUCCGUUGCUGUCAUCCUCCCCUGUUCCUUCAGUGGGAUGCCACUCUCCCGCCCACUGCCAAGGCUGCCCCCAGCAGCUACAGUCAUCGUCUCCGUUCCACACAGCAAACCACUAUUACUCCCCUGGCCCGGCCACACCCACUCACCAGGUGGCAACCAAUCAGAAUUACUCCCCUGGUCCAGCGACACCCAAUCACAGGGCAGCAGCAACCAAUCAGAAUUACUCACCUGGUCCGUGCACACCCACUCAUAGGGAAACAGCCAAUCGCAAUUCGGCAGCUUGUCUGGCUUUGCAGAGAUAAAUCUUAAAUCGCUUUUAUUUUUUUAGUUCCUCUGAAUGACACGUCAAAGAGUCAUCAGGCUUCGUUAUGCUCCAGAGUAGUCACUACGCUGGCCCCGCUUUACGGUGUCUUGAUCCUGUUAUGCUCUUCAGAGUGGGGUGAGCCUGCAAUUGGCUGGCAACCAGUCCAGGGCGUACCCCGCCUCUAGCCCAAAGUCAGCUGGGAUAGGCUGCAGCGUACCCCCGUGACCCUAAUGAGGACAAGCGGCAUAGAGAAUAGAUGGAUGGAUGGAGUGGGGUGAGCGUGUGAUUUGCAAUUCUCUGCCAAAACACUAGGGGCAGUGUUUUUCAGAGAGUGCACAAACACAACUCUUGUUGACUAGUACUCCCUGUGUCGUACUAGUAAACAAUGGUGACUUUUAAAGCAGCAUCCAGAUCACUGUUGCAGCUGGAACUAUUUUUUGGAAGCAACAGUCACUUUUAUUGUACAUUUGGCGCCAAAACCAGAGGAGAAGACGUUCACGAAGGUGGUCUGUGCCACCUCUGAAUGAGUUGAGGCAGAGGAGUCUUGUUUUGGGGGAUUAACAAUUGCGCUUUCGCAGGAGGGAAAAACCAGAAAAGAUGUGCAAAGAACAGCCAACCAAUCACAGCUCUGCAGUCAGUGUUAAAAUUUUUUGUAGGUGCACGUCAAGCUCCGUGGGAGUGUUUGGAGGGGGAAGCUAAGCCAGCCUGCGUAGCUUAGGCCAGCACUGUGACGAUGAAGCAUGACGAAGCCUUGCGUAUAUAUAGAAAGUAUAAACACAGUAUAAUGUACGUUACUGACACAAAUAGUGUCAGCGUGAAGUCACUUCAGCGCACUAGAAUCCUCGCUUGUGUUCAGAACACUCAAUUGACUAUGUUACACAGUCUACCACUGGGAUUAGUUUGUAACAUAAACAUAACCCCUCCCUCCCGCAACCAAAUGCAAAGCGCCUUACUUCUGCAAUCUCACCAGCAGAGGUCAACCAAGUUUAUGAAGGACUUGUCAUUUUUAAUUUGUUUACUGUAGAAUCCAGAGUAAAAAAAAAAAAAAAAUCUACAACAUAAAACAGCAACACUGGAGGGAAACCAACAGCAGCUCUUUACUAUGUGUUUACUUCUAACUUAUUUGUUCUACUUUUGUUUUGCUACUUAAGCACGCAUGCACUGUGAAUGUCUUCCAGUCUUAUCGCUGUGGUUUGCCUUUUUAUUUAGAUAUUUAUGAUGGAAAUGAAUGGUACAGAGGACAGUCUUGUGAUAUAAGGGUCUAUAAGCUAUUGACAGUGUCUCACAAAAGGUGAUUACACCCUUCACAUGUCAGCAGACAUAUUAUUAUAUCUUAAGGGACAAUAGUAUAGAUAUGAAACCUGGAUAUACCUCUAUACUAUAAGUAGUCAGUGUAUAGAUUCAUGUUCUGUCAAUGAACCACAGCCACCUCUGUCGCGACCAUCAUGCGAAAAAAAGCAAAAGACGUCAAUAGACGUCUUUGGCAGUCAACAUUACUUUUUGAAAAGACACCAAUAGACGUCUUUGGCAGUGAAAGAGUUAAUAUUACAUUAAAGUUCCCAUUCACUUGAAUUGGUCAUGGGUCUGUAAAGGGGCAUCACUGGGUCCGUAUCCAGGCCGAGGUCCACUAUUCGGUGAUGGCUGCUCUAAAGUAUAUCCAAGUUUCAUUUCUCUGGUAUCGUGGAUUGAGAAGACAUACUGUAAUAAAAAUGCCGUCUGAAAUGUGAUGGGUGUAUGACUUUUGGUAGACACUGAAAAUGAAAAAAGGUAACACAUGUUAACCUUUAGUUUACCUCUUAAUGACAUAUAGAGCAUUUUAAACUCGGAAUCACUUUGGCUUAAACAUUCUUUUUAUCGACACAUUGUUUGUGUGAUCAAAACUUCUUCAAAUAACAUUCAGGGAAUUGCUCCUGCAAAUGUAACAAUAUUUUCUGCAGAACUCACUCUCAGUUAUCCUGUAUUAUUUUAAGAAGCAAUAGAAACCAACUGAUAUUGUAAGGUACAGCCUUAGAGUCCACAUGGGGCUGCUUCGCCCAAGUUGACGUCCCGAUCUCGAGUCAGUUUACGUGAACGGUGUCCUGCUGAAGAACGCAACAGGUACUUAGUCUUUGCAUGAAAACAAGCAAAUGUAAAUAAAGAAAUAUCAGACAAAAGGUUAUGUUGUACAGUUAGACACUGUUAUAGUGAGAGAGAGUCAGGAAGGAGGCCAAUACAGAAUAGGGGGUUCUGUUACAGCAUUUAGCAACAUGAUGUUAUUUCCAAGUUGCACUUUUUUUUCCUCAGAAACUUUAAAGUUAAUGUUAAUAACCAGCACUUUUUGAUGAUCGCCAUAAGUAAACUGUCAUUACAUGGAACUACAAGGUUUUUUUUUUUCUAUUUCUACGGUUGGUAGACAGGGUUGAAUGCUCUUAAACAAAAGGAAUGUCGUGUAUUUCCAAGUUUGAAACCACUUUAUAUGAUUUUUUAAAAAUGAUUUUCAGAAUGUCAAUUGUAAAAAAACAAAACAAAACAAAAAAAAACUGCCAGUCACUCAGUCACUGUGUUUUCAACUGUUUAGACUUUUACUUCAGGGUCACUUCAGGUGUACAAUAACACAGUUUACAAUGAUGCAACACAAUAAAUAACAGUAUAUAGUUACAUGAAUGAAGACAACACUAAUGACCAUGCCGAUGUGUCCUGUGGACAUCUGUGUCGCACUCUGCGUCGAAUGUGAAAAAUGUACUGACUGUAUUUUAUAUCAUUCAUGUGAUUUGAUGAAACGUAAAGGACCUCUUGUCUUGUAGCAGGCAGCCAUUUAACAUGUCAAUAUGUAGCACUCAGUCCCUACAAAACACCAGAAUUGACAUUGUAAAUUAUGCCGUUACAAAUCCCUUUUUAAAAAUUGAAUCUUGUGACACAAUUACCCCCAUAUGGAUUUGGUCCAGAGGGAAUGAAUGUGUUUGUUCUGGCACUGAUUGUACUACUGUAUGUCUGAAUGUAAAUAUAUUCUCUGUACACAAGUUGUGUCUUAUAAUGCACCGACAAAGUAAUAGAAGCAUGUUUUGUCAUGUCUUUGCUGUUUCUCUUCGUUGAACUCGCAUUGCAUUGUGACGGUCAUACAUGUAGUUGUACAGUGUGGCAGGCCAAUCAAUGAGAAAUGACAUCAACAUCGUUGUCACUAUGCUAACGUGUGCUAUGGGAAUGACAGAUGUUAGGGAUUGGUGCUGCCCCUCCACUUAUCACUUGUGUUAGGCUAUAUAGUAGUUUUUCAUCACAAACAUUAAAGUCUACUUGAGUAUCAUGACUGUCUAUAUGUCUUUUUAUAUAAUAAUAAUAAUAAUAAUCAUGGAACAUGUAUUUUCUUACCUGUGUGAUGACUGUAUGUGUUUUUCAGUGUCUUGCAGUUCUCGUCUAUAUUGUUCAGCUUUUUCAUUGUGCGAUUUUGUUUUAUUCCAUUCCAUUUUCUUCUGCUUUUUCGGGUCCGGAUCACGGGGGCAACAGUCACAGUAGAGGUCCGGACUUCCCGGUCCCCGGCCACCUAUUCCAGUUCCAC